AAGUCUAUGCUUGGCAAAACUCCGGACCCACCAACUACAACAGUGAGUGGGAUAAAUUUUUGCUGCUGAUAUGGAAGAAUGUGCGUCUACUCUGGAACAAUUGGCAUUACUUUGUCAUCUCGGUAAUGUCGCCCAUAGUGUUUUGUGUAAUUUUGAUUUCAUUACGCAUAUCCAUGGAAAUUGGCAAACAACCCAUUGAGACUUAUCCCCUUUUGAAUCUCACGAAAUAUUGGACACAGAUAUUGGAACUUAUCGGUGAACGUAAAGCGAAUAUGAGUCGAAUAAUUGAAGGAUUUACCCAUAAUCCUUUCAUACCUCAAAUGAUUGUGGGUUAUGCACCGAAUUCCAAAGCUUAUCACAAUAUCAUGGAGGGCACUAGAAAUCUAUUAUUCGGAGUGGAUUUCAAAAGCUAUGAGACUUGUGAUGAUCUAAGAGUGGCCAUCAUAAAGGAGAAUCUCUUUGCAGGAGUUUGCUUUGAAGUGGUUACAACGACAGACGAUGAUGGUGUUAUUGAUGAUGCCUAUGAACUUAUUGCAGGAUUAUAUCCAAAUUUCCUGAAAUAUCGCCUUAUAUUUCCGUAUGCCUGUCGCGUGUAUCAUGACACCUUUAUUGGCAUCAGUUGGCACACUCAUUCUUUGUAUCAUUUCAUCAAUCGCACCGAUCAAAGGAAUAUUGGUGUUGACGAUGGCGGCUAUGUGGGCUAUAUACGUGAGGGAUUCGCCCCAAUGCAAAAUGCAAUAUCCCUUUCCUAUUUACAAUUGGUAGCUGCAGUGGAUAGACCUGAUUUUCAUAUACCCGACAUCUAUAUGUGCCGUUAUCCUUCCAAGGAGUUUCUCAAGGAUGAAGUUAUCGAAAGCGUGGAUUUUAGUUUGUCAUUGUUGUUGGUUUUUGGUAAUUACUAUCCGGUGCUGAUAUUGGUUUCGAUCAAAUGGACCGAUGGAGUUUCAAUACUGGAACAAAGUGGUUUCUUUCCACUUCUCGUGGUCUUUUGCGUCUACAAUACGGCUAGCAUAUGUUUCAUCCUUAUGUUGGCAUCCUUUUAUAGGCGAACCUUAAGUGCGGUAACAGGAACUGCUGUGUUAUGGUUUGCCACCUAUCUGCCCUAUAUCAUUUCGCUGAAUUCCCUGCGCGUGGCUGUAUGGGGGGUGAAUAUCUUUGUUAUGACCUUUCACAAUACCGCCAUGGGCUAUAGCUUGGAGAAUAUCUUGGAAUUUGAAUUAUUUGGUCGUGGCUUUACUUUUGAGCAUUUCUUUGAUACUCGGCCCCUGGACAACACCAUAUCGACAGCCUACUAUUUGGCUAUAAUGCUGUUGCAGAGUUGUGGCUACACUUGCAUAAGCCUUUAUAUGGAAGAAAUAAUGCCGGGAAAUUUUGGCUUGCCCAAAAGAUGGAACUUUCUGUUUGACUUCAAGCGGCGAAGCAGCAGCACAUUUUUGGGCUUUCAUCUCAGGGAACAUAGUUGGGGAGAUGCUCGCGGUGGCAGUGUUGGUAGUGGACCAGGAACUUCAAUCACAGCAAGACCCUCACCUUUUAUAUAUGAGGUAAUGGGCGCAAGUAAUGUGGUAAUGGUCGAUAUACAAAAUAUCUCAAAAAGCUAUGCGGAUAUGAUGGAGGAAGAGGCUACACUUAACAACAUCAGUUUGCAGUUGUACGACAAUGAGAUAACCAUUCUGUUGGGUCACAAUGGAGCUGGCAAGACCACUUUGAUUGCCAUCAUAGCAGGCCUCAUUCCUCCCUCGGCUGGGAACAUCACAAUUGAUGGUUUCGAUAUGGCCAAGGAUCAGCGUUAUGCCUGUGCCUCUUUGGGUCUGGCCAUGGGUGAUUCCACUUUGUAUCCCGAUUUAACAGUCGAGGACCAAUUGCGCUUCUUUGGCUUUCUCAAAGGUUUACAGGCCCUAGCUGUGGAGGAUGAGAUGGAACGUUAUUUGUAUGAUUCCAAGCUAACAGAGUAUCGGCUGGUAAGCACCAAGGCCUUGCCCAUGGGUGUGAGACAAAAACUGGCCAUCUGUUGUGCCCUUAUGGGUAAAAGUCGUGUGGUUCUAUUGGAUGAUCCCAUGACGCAUAUGGAUUUGCCGGGAAGAAAUCUUAUGUGGAAGUUGUUAGAGAGUGAAAAAGCACACAGAACCAUAAUGAUAGCCAGCAGCAGCUCAAGCAUUGUGGAAAGUUUAGGAGAUCGAGUGGCCAUAAUAUCAAAUGGAAAACUUCAAUGUGAUGGCACGCCCACCUUUAUAAAGAAAAUAUAUGGCCAAGGAUACAGAUUGACUAUAUCCAAAGGUCCUUAUUGCAAUAUACAGAGUGUCACAAAUCGAGUAAAACAAUUCAUUGCCCAUAUAACCCCCAUAAGCACACUGGGCAAUGAGAUUGUCUAUGCGCUUGAGGAAACCCACACGGAGGUCUUUGAGCAGAUAAUCAAUGAUUUGGAACAGAAUAUGGAUCAACUUGCCAUUGAAGCGGUAACCUUAAGUGCCAUGCAAAUCGAUGAUAUAUUCUUUAAAUUGGGAGCACAAUCACCAAGUCAAGACAACCACAGACGUCUGAGGGAAAUCAUGAAUGGUGAAUCCUCAUAUCCCGAGGAGAGUCAAAACUUAAAAUUUAUGAAAAUCACUGCUAGGCUUACAGGCAUUUCACGUAUUCUUCAACAAUGUCGAGCCCUGUGGCAUCAACGUUUACUCUAUGCCUAUUACUACAGAGAUCACUAUGUGCGACGUCUGAUGUAUCCUCCUGUAUUUGUGGCAGUUGCCUUUUUUGUCUCAGCCUUUGGCCUUAACCUCUUGAGGAUGCCACAUAUUGAUAUAUCCCUGGAUCAAUAUGCUUCCAGUGUUACCCUCAUCGAUAGACGUUCUUUGGCCAGUGGCAGUGGGAUCAGUGACAUUCUAGACAGAUACAAGGAGUUGAUUUUCUGGUUGGGCAUUCAGCAUAAACUGGAGGAGACCGAGGGAGAACUUUUCGCAGAAUACUAUAUAGACAAGGAUGUAAGAACGCUGGAGCGUAUGGAUCAAACCCAUCAUGUGGGAGUAACAUUUGCUGCCGAUCACAUUGUGGCCUGGUUCAACAAUGUAGCCCUGCACUCGGUGCCUUUAAGUUUGAAUUUGCUGCACAAUGCCAUAUUGAGAACCAUUCAUGGUGAUCAAUGUGGCAUUGAAAUUACCCUGGAACCCCUUAAUAACAUGCAAAAUCAUCUUGAUGGCCUAUUGCGAGUCACCAUCAACACCAGCAAUGUCUUGGCCAUUUGCAUAUCCGUGUGCAUGUGUUGUCUAUGUAACUCAAUUUCCUUCAUUUUUGUGCGUGAAGUACAUUCGGGUUUCACUUACACCCAACUGCUGGCUGGAGCUAAAAUAUGGAUGUAUUGGCUGGUGAACAUAUCCUAUGACACUUUAGUUGUUCUAGGCAUGGCUCUGAUAAUAACGUUCUCAAUAUUCCUGUGCCAAUAUCAUUUGACUAUAUCAACACAUGUUUAUGCUUGGUACUUCUUUGUCCUUGUACUGGCCGGUUGGUGUAUAUACUCCCUCAAUUAUAUGACAUCUCUGUUCUUCUCAAAUCCUGUGCAUGCCUAUGCCAUUGUGUUAUCCUUUGAAACCUUUGGAAUUAUUUGUUUCUGUCAUAUCGUUGAAGCCUUUGAAAAAAGUUAUGUUAAUACAGCAAAAAGUCCAUAUGCGGCAUAUUUCCUAUUCUUACCAUUAUUUAGUGUCUGCAGUGCAAUUUCCACCAUUUACUAUAAUGGUCAAUUUUUAAGAGUAUGCAGUGAUCCGGAUAUUCGAGCCACUUCCAUAUAUUUAGAGAAUUGUAAGGCAAUACCUAAUUGUUGUCGUGAAUUUAAAAUGAUGGGUUCUGAAAAUGGCAUUCUAAUGGAAACAAUAGCCCUCAUAUGUAUUAUCACCUUGUGCUGGUGUAUUAUAUUAAUCACGGAUUAUCAUUAUCUGUUGCAAUGCAAGAAUAUACCAAGAGAUGAUUAUUAUGCCCAAUUAAAUGAUCAUAAACGACGCCAUGAUAACUUGGAUGACACCCAAUUUGGUGAAGAAUCUACCUUCUUGGAGCAUUAUAAGGUGCAGCGUUUGACAAAUGCCCAUUUUAAGGAUAUACCACUCAUAUGUGAUCGUGUGGGCAAAAAUUUCGAUCAAUACACAGCUGUGGAUCGUCUCAGUCUCAUUUUGAAGAGUUACGAUUGUUUUGGCAUAUUGGGCGUAAGUGGUUGCGGUGUUUCCACUCUCUUUAAAUUAAUCACCGGUUCUGAAGAAAUGUCCUAUGGUCGAAUUUUAAUCAAAGGUCAAAAUAUUUCCUGCAAUUUUUCCUUACUUCAGCAGUCAGUGGGUCAUGGCAAAAAAGUGAUGAUAAGUUUUCCCGAAUUGUCUAUCAAGAAUAUCAUGGAGCAUUUAUGCUUGCUGCAGUGUUAUCCAGCUGAACACGUUGCUGACAUCUGUCUGAACUUAGCUAAAGUUUUGGGCCUGUUGCCACAUUAUGACAAAUAUUUAAAUGUCUUAAGUGCUGGCACCCUUAAUCGCCUCAAUUGUGCCCUGGCUGUAAUGGGUAAUCCAGACAUUGUGAUACUCAAUGUGGCCACUUCGGGUAUUGAUUCUGCCGGCAAGAGAAUUGUCUGGAACAUCUUGAAACGUAUGCAAAACCAAGGCACCGCCAUACUGCUUGCCACCACUAGUCUGAGGGAUUGUGAAAGAUUCUGUAAUCGUGUGGCAUUUAUGUCACAUGGACGUCUCUGUUUGAUUGGCAAUCCUUGGAGUUUGAACAAAUUUUACGCCGACUAUAAUUUGCUGAAAGUGAAAUUCACUCGAAAUAUUCUUCAUUCUCAGAGGAAUAUGGCAAGAAAUUAUCUGUAUGCUGCAAGUCUGAAUAAGUUGACGGAUUUUGUAUACCGCAAAUUUCCAAAUUCGAUGCUAAAAGAACAUCACGGAAAUCAUUUCACUUUUGUCAUACCUCAGAAAUCGGCAACUGUUUCGAAUAUAUUCAUAACCAUGAUGCGGAAUGCCCAUUUACUUAAUGUUGAAGAUUUUGAACUGACCCGUUGUUCCCUAUCUAAAUCGUUUAUAGAAUUUUGGGAAAGAGAAUAUCGUCCGAAACGUAUUGAUGAUCAUUUAUCAUUGCUAUAGAGUUGUUGUUGUUUUUCGCACUUUUAAACAAAAAUAAUUAUCUGAACUUAUU